AUGCUUUCAGGCAGGAGUGCUCCAUUCAGCUUUGACGGAAAAGAGACUACGAAGCCGAUAACGGUUCUGUUUGGUGCAAUCGGUCGGCACAACUUUGGGGACUUGCUCAUGGCACAUGUGGCAGCCGAGCUGCUGCGCCAGCAUUGUGCUGUGGAGGAUGGUGACCUGGUUUUCGCUGAUCUUUUGGCACGUGACUUGCGGGCAUGGGUCGGCCACAACGUGCAGAGUGUGGUGUCUUUCGCCGAGCCAAAGUUUUCCAACACAAUCAUCAAUGUUGUUGCUCUUGGUGGAGAGACUGCAUCUUGUUCUGUCCGGGGUGCGCUUGACAUGCUUGUAAAUGGGAAUGGUGCUGAGCAGAUGAAGCUGGAUGAGCUUACCAUGAACGCAUCGCACUGGAUCAAGUUCAAGGCAGAAGCACCGCUUGCAUACAUCCUGCCCAAAAGCUUCCUCAAGAAGCCCGGCAAGUUCAUUACAAACACGAUUGGAGGCACACCCACUGGUGACACUGACCCUCUCCUGCAGGAGUAUGAUUUCUGCAGUACCCGGAAUCCGAUCGGCAACAUGACGUGGAAGCACUUGGCCCCUGACAGUGUUGUAGUGCUGCGCAGCUUGUUUGACGGCCGGAUUUCCUCGCAUGCUCCAGUCACUCCUAGACCGUACAUUGCUGUACAAAUGAAGCAGAUGGGCUUUCCGACAAACUUUGCCAGUGAGCUUGCCUCGUCGGCGGGGGAGCUGUCGGCCGACGUCAUUUUCUUUCGUGCAGGUGGGCUGAACAUUUGGGACAUUUGCGCCAUAAUAUCGACGGCCAUGAUCGUGGUUGCAACCAGCCUUCACUGCCGAAUCGUUUCUUUCGCAUAUUCAGUGCCGAGGAUCUCGUGGCGAGGGAGCUCCAAGGUGGAUCUCUUCAUAGAUCUUUGGGACAAAGAUGUACAAAACUUCAGCUACACAACUGGAAGCGAUGUGCGGAGUGCAGUCACGCUUGCCCUGACUGGAUCAAACGUAGCCCGCUUCAAGAACCACACGGUUGCAAGUAAGACUGCGGACAUGUACAGGUCAACUUUUCUCGGCUGGGCACGAGAGUGGGAUGCUCGAGCUGCAUGGUUUCAGCCUCCCGGCAAUGGCGAAGAAGCUUUGCUGAUGGCUUCCUGCCGCCAUGCUGGACUACUUCUGGGUGCCUUGGCCGUGGCGAUUUCCGCCGCCGCCUUCUGGAAUGCUUCCGUGUCUGAGACCUCGGAUGGACUGGCUUCGAGCCGCAGCGAAGGCCUGGCAGAUGGAUCCUUCUCAUCUCCGGAUCCAGCUCCUGUGGUCCCGAGCUGCCAGGGACCCAGGUUGAUCCUGCACGUCGGACCGGGCAAAACGGGGACGAGUGCCUUGCAGGACUUCUUGGUGCAAAGGGCGACGUGGCUUGAAGAGGAGUGGGGAAUCGGCGUGGGCUUUCGUCAAUCGAAGGCUGCUGCCUAUGAUCUUGCUAUACCCCUCUGCGAAGAGAACAGAGUUGAGAAGGACAAGUGCGAACCUAAGCAGAAUGCAGAGAAGGUCACUGAGUCGGUUCAGUACAUCAAGAGCAAGCUGCAGAAACGAUCUCUCGUGGUCGUGUCCAGUGAGGAAUUUGCUCGACCUACGUUUACCAGCACAUCCUGGCAAUGCUUUAAGUCCCUCGUGGGAUCAGGGGCUUGCUUCAGUGUGGUGGUCGUGCACCGGAAUGCCCCGGCAUGGAUGGCAUCGGUAUGGGCAGAGACCAGCAAGCUUCUCAGUGCCCCGCGAAGCUUUGAGUCGUUUACGGCGCUCUUUGCCGGCCAGCGCGCGCCGGACCUUCGGGGAGAUUCCGACCCGCAGCUGCAGAUUCUCAACAAACUGAACGAGGAGUUUCCGGGAAGGGUGGAUGCCGUGUCAUACGAUUACUUGGAGGAGGUGGGCAGUAGUCUUCCCGCCUUCUUCAUCUGCAACGCCACUCUCCGACUGACUGGCGAGCCGUGGCAUCGGUGCAAGGAAUCUGUUCCGAGUCCGAAGACAGUCAACAAAUCCCCACUCCAUGCAGCUAUCGACGUGGUGCGGCUGGCACGGAUAUACUACACAGCCAGGCGUGCUGCCCUGAACGGAACGGCUCCCUGCCAGCCUUGGCCAGUGGUGGACCUGCGGAAACGAGGAGUUCAGUCCAACCCAUUAGGGGUCUUGAUUGCUUACAACAACCCAGCGGUGGCCGAGCUUGCAAAGCAGCUUCCCCAAAAGUGCGAAAUUCUGGACGGGCUGUUUGAGAGCGAGACGCAGACAUGGUUUGCUCGAACAGGAGCACAGAGGGCGCGAUCUGGUUCGAAGCCUAUUUGCACUGUAGACAUCACUGCCAUGACGCCGGAGCAUUGGCAAUUGCUGGGUGGAUUGGUGCCAAAGUGCUACCAGUAG